AUGUUCAUACCACAGUGCGAAGGCCGAGAAUGCCCUGCAAGUAAAGCAGUUGCGGAAUAUGAGCAACAGGAGGAUGACACUGGCCGUCGUGCCGUCGACCAAGUGUUUUUUUACCAGAACAAGAGACAAAAUGCAGGCAAUCAAAGCCAUAGGGGCGGCCAAUUUGCGCCGAAAGAUCCUACCACGGCGCCGAAAGGUCCUAUCGUGCCGGUCCCUUAUGGCCUCGAAGAGCGCUACGGCCGCGUAGACGACAAUAUACAAGGGCCCCAUAUUGCUGGCUGGUGUGUGAGCUGGAUUUGGUCCGAUGUAUUUUGA